CUCGCUGCCGCCCUGCGCCGAGCCCGCCGCCCUGGAGCGCAGAUAAAGAAACAAAGCAUAUUGAAGCCAUAUGGCAGCUUGAGUCAGUCACAUUAAAUCUUGGGAGAGAACAGCUGAACACAUAUAUGCUGAGUUUUGGACCUCUGCCUGCGGAGCUGGCCAGUCAUUCCUCGCACCAAUGAGCCAUGCUGUUCCCUUAAGCUUCUGAUGUUUAUGGCACCAAAUCCUGCAAUUUGGCUUCUGAUGCUACUGUUGUGUUCAGAUGUCUGUCGGAUUUCUGCUUCAUGCACCACAGUGCAGACAUGGGAGUUCUGCAACUUCAGACUAAGUACUAGGCUGGAGCUUGCUCACUUGAAGGCCUUUUUCUCCUCUGAUUUUCCCUUUGUACUGUUUCUGGACAGUUGAAGGGUCGUUAUUCAUUCUUCUCCUGCUUCUAGAUGUUCUUUGAAGUUGAUUGCUUUCUGUUACACAUCCAUAUUUCAGGCUGAAGUAAAUUAACUUUAAAAGCUGUUCUUAGAAGAGAGAUUUCCAGUUCUUUUUUAACUCAGAGAACAGCAUUGUGUCUAAAAUGGAAGUCGACAUCAACGGAGAGUCCAGAAGUGCCAUAUCCACGCUCCCAGUGCCCCUGGCAGAGGUGGGCGCUGCAGGCCGAACGGAAGCUGAGAAGCCACGGUGCUCCAGUACCCCCUGCUCACCCAUGCGACGGACGGUUUCGGGGUAUCAGAUCCUCCACAUGGAUUCUAACUACCUGGUUGGCUUCACGACCGGAGAGGAGCUGCUAAAACUCGCCCAGAAGUGUACAGGAAAUGAAGAGAGUAAAGGGGAAUCUGGGCCUAACUUGCGCUCCAAACAGCUCGAUUCAGGACUUGCCCGCUCCUCCCGUUUGUACAAAGCUAGAAGUAGGUAUUAUCAGCCAUAUGAGAUUCCAGCAGUGAAUGGAAGGAGGAGGAGACGGAUGCCCAGCUCAGGGGAUAAAUGCACUAAGGCUUUACCGUAUGAACCCUACAAGGCACUUCAUGGUCCCCUGCCUCUUUGCCUUUUAAAAGGUAAAAGGGCUCACUCAAAAUCUCUGGACUACCUCAAUUUAGACAAAAUGAGUAUUAAGGAACCUGCUGACACAGAAGUGCUACAAUACCAGCUCCAACACCUUACUCUUAGAGGGGACCGUAUGUUUGCGAGAAAUAACACAUGAGCUAUCUUAAAUGUAGAGCCAAUUUCUGAUUGUUUAUCUGUUGCUGCAAAAAUCCACUAUUGUACUGUGUACAUGACUGUCCACACUGUAGGUGGUUGUAUCAGCUAAAUGUUAUCAGAAAUUUUAUUUGAAUGAAAUCUAAACAAUGCAAUGUGUUAGAAAUACUUGGGAGGAAAAAUCUUUCCCGAAAAAGCAGCUUCUAAUGCAAACUUGACUGCAACUAGGGGAUAUUUCUUUGGACAUCUUUUAACAGCAAAAAUUCUGAAAUCUUAAAAAAAAGCUUUUGUUUUUUUGGGUUUGAGAUUUUUUUUUGUACAGUUAGAUUUAGUAUCUACAGUAAUUUAACACUGAAAAAUCGGUGAUGUCUGCUUGGUUGUUGCUAAUUUUGGCUUGAUGUUAGAAACUGCUCUUGGAUAAGCACUCAAAUUUGGGGGUCUUUUGUCUUUGGUUUUUGUUCCUGCAUUCUACAGUAGAAUAUAUGUAUGAGUUUAGUUUAGGUUUUGUUUAUUUUUUUUUUACGUAAUUGAAACAAAUGUGAGCUUGGCUGAACUCUAUUGUUUGAUAUUUAAGCAGUCUAGAAAUUGGUGUCACACUGCUGAUGAAGGGGAAAUUCACUCAUAAAUGCAGGGGUAAAUAUGGAAGUUGGAACUGAUAGAUCUUUGGAUUCCUUCCUAUUCCUGCCGUUUUAUGAAAAUAAACUUUAGUUCAUUUGCUACUUUAAUCACACUAAAUUUUUUUGAAUCUGCAUGAAACUAACUGCUUUGCCUCCUCUGUUCUACAGAAUUUUUCAGGAUGCAUAUUUGAAUACUAUAAAAAUCUUUUGGGGAAUCAAGGUUUUUUGUUAAUGGGAUUUUUUUUUAAACCUAAGCAAGGAUUCACUUUAGAUUCCAAGAAAUACACCAGAAUGUCUGCAUUGGUAUGUCAGUGUUCUAAUUCAUUAUAUCUGUAACAUAUAUAUUAAUAGAAGAUAUCAAAUAACUUUAUCAUUGCUUUGGAAAUCUAGUUGAUUUGAAGAACUGAACUCUUCUACAGGGAUUUGUAAGAGAGAUUUUUUUCUGAUGGAGUGCAAGUGAAGUAUUCCUCUGUUAGCCUUGAAGAGAUGAUCCUGGAUUAUUGAGGGUAGACUGAAUACACUGGCUUACUUGGUUGCUUAAGAAAUUUUUAUCCAAACGUGACAUCAAAAGCAGUUUUGACAGCUGUAUUCUUAGAUGUAUUUAAAACGCUUUAGUAACUUAUGUUGGAAAAUGAAAAAUAGUUAUUAGACUUUUUUUAGGUGCAAUCUCUUACUUGAAUCAGUGUGUGACUUGGUUUUAGUUGAUUACCUCUGUAGAAGUUGAGAUAACAUUGUUUUGAAACAUAGCUUAUUUGAUCAGUUGUUUCUGGUACAAUGCAAUAUUUUAUUUUUUUUUUUUUAACUUUCCUUUGUUCAGAGUGAAUAAGAAGCACUGGUUGGCUCGUGCUGUGGAAGGUGGAGAGUUCAUAUUAAUCCAACAGUUACUCCACAGCUGUAAAUGAAGGCAGCCUGGCUGUCUGCGUUUUACUGGCCUGGGUUUUCUUUUCUGGGUUUGUUAACUGAUGUGUAUGUUUAGGUUAACUACACCUCUGUAAAUCUAAUGUAUUGAACAAUUAUCUGGAAAGUAAAAUCUUCCUAUAUAGUCUUUUGUUUGAAAAAUAUUAUGGUCAGAUGCCAAAGAAGUUGGGGAUAUUGCUUAAGGAAUAAACACCACUAUUUAUUGAAAUACCAUAUGAAACUGUAUUUCUGGCUGAAAAAAAUAAAAAGGAUGCUAAAUA